CCAGAGCUCGGUGAGGUGUGGGCAAGUAGCUGUCUAAAGGUGGAUGAUGCCCUCCAUGCGCUUUCAGCCUGCCUGGUGGCUGGGCAGUCGAAAACGUCGCCAUCUAUUAAGCUCCUUUGACUGGGAGCAGGUGACGGGUAGAGACGGAAGUUCUGGGAAUCACCGGAGAAGGGAGGGAAGGGCUCCUUCCGGCCGCCUGCUCCCGGAGUCUUCGUGGGGAACGUGAGGUGAGAGCAGGCCGUGAAGAGUAGACACGACUGAUGACUUCAGGGAUGCUACGACUUUCUCUCCUGCCUGGGCAAGCCUCGAGAACAGCCCAUCUUCACCACCCGAGCGCAUGUGUUCCAGAUUGACCCCAACACCAAGAAGAACUGGAUGCCUGCGAGCAAGCAGGCGGUCACCGUUUCCUACUUCUAUGAUGUCACAAGGAACAGCUAUCGGAUCAUCAGUGUGGACGGAGCCAAGGUGAUCAUAAACAGCACAAUCACACCGAAUAUGACCUUCACCAAAACGUCACAGAAGUUUGGGCAGUGGGCCGACAGCAGAGCCAACACGGUGUUUGGUUUGGGGUUUUCCUCUGAGCAGCAGCUGACAAAGUUUGCAGAGAAAUUCCAGGAGGUGAAAGAAGCUGCCAAGAUAGCCAAAGACAAGAUGCAGGAGAAAAUCGAGACCUCAAGUAAUCAUUCCCAAGCAUCCAGUGUCAAUGGGACGGACGAUGAAAAGGCCUCUCACGCUGGUCCAGCCAACACACACCUGAAGUCUGAGAAUGACAAGCUGAAGAUUGCAUUGACACAGAGCGCAGCCAACGUGAAGAAGUGGGAGAUCGAGCUGCAGACCCUUCGGGAGAGCAAUGCCCGGCUCACCACAGCACUGCAGGAGUCGGCAGCCAGUGUGGAGCAGUGGAAGAGGCAGUUCUCCAUCUGCCGGGAUGAGAACGACCGGCUCCGCAACAAGAUUGAUGAGCUGGAAGAACAAUGCAGUGAGAUCAACAGAGAGAAGGAGAAGAACACGCAGCUGAAGAGGAGGAUCGAGGAGCUGGAGGCAGAGCUCCGAGAAAAGGAGACAGAGCUGAAAGAUCUCCGAAAACAAAGUGAAAUCAUACCUCAGCUCAUGUCAGAGUGCGAAUAUGUCUCUGAGAAGCUAGAGGCGGCAGAGAGAGACAAUCAAAGCCUGGAAGACAAAGUGCGUUCCUUAAAGACAGACAUUGAGGAGAGCAAAUACCGACAGCGCCACCUGAAGGUGGAGUUGAAGAGUUUCCUGGAGGUGCUGGACGGGAAGAUUGACGACCUGCAUGACUUCCGCCGAGGCCUCUCCAAGCUGGGCACCGAUAACUAGGGCUGGCCGAGGCCCAGGCCCCGCCCGUGAGUCCCAAGCGUGUGUGUGAGACCAGGUAGCUCUAGGACGUUCUUCUGUGUGCAUUGCUUCUGUAAAUGCAGGCGCAGUUUGUCAUGUUUCCAAACCAGUUGUGCCGUCCACUCACUCCUUUCCAGAAUAGAAAUCUCCUCUCGCUUCUCUAGCCUUGUGAGGUUGUGGACAACUGGAAGAUUCUGACUCAGGAAUCCAGAACUAGGUCUACCUUCAACAUUUAUGCAGUCAGGGCAGGGAUGUUUAUAUCUUUCAUAAGGGCUGUUGCAACCAUAUGAACUGAAAAAACGCAUUUUCUAAUCCAAAUAUUGAUAUUCUUUACACCAAGCCAUCAGGCUCCUUUUAUCAAAUAGCAUUCAGAGUAUUUGAAUGUCCACCAGUCACCAGCCCCGGGGGGCACAGAGAGAACAACAUUCCUCUCUGUCAACAUCGAGAGGCUUUAAAGCAACUGUUUAGUGGAAACUUUCUGAGAGAUGGAAAACAAGCUUCUGGUGGGUGCAUUUUCUGGCCCGGAGUUGCCUGCAUCCACGAUACUGCCCCCCUGCCCCCCAGUUUGUAUGGUUGCGACAGUGUUCCUUUUCUUGGUUUUAAUUUCUGAGCAGAUGAUUGUGCUGUGGGAACAGCACACAGUGAGGGUGCCUAGCACAAUGUCUGGCACAAAGUAGGUGCUUAAUAAAUAUUUGUUCAAUUAAAUGUGUACACAGAAUUUAGUGUUUUAAUCAAACCCCACAGCAGAGCUGGGACCCUGUCUAAUGAUGCACCGUCUUUGCUGUGCUGGGUAGUUAUCAGACAUGAAUGCCACUGUCUGGUCAAACCCAAGCUGGGGCUCGGGUGGCCCUGGGGCAGGGAGGGAGAAGGGGAAGCAGCAGGAGCUGGUCUCAGGCCCCUGGAGCCCAUCCGUGAUGCUCUGUCCCUGGGGGUCUCCGGACCCUCGAAUCACCUUCUCCCCUAGGAAUGGUGACCCAGGGAUUCCAGGUAUAGGGGCUGCCCAGGGCUUGGGACCUAGGUAGGGUAGGAUUGUCUUAUGGGUCUGGACAGCUGGGAAGAAAUCGCAGGCCUUUCGCGGGGGGAGAGAGCAGCUCAGCCGACAAGCCUUGGCCCUCAGGACAGAGGUGUUCCACCCAGCUCUGCCUCCUGCCUUUCUCAGUUUCUCCUAGGGAGGGGACUGCAGCCAUAAACCUCUCCUCUCUCACUGAGCUGCUCAGUGGGGCCAGCGGGCCUGUGGGUGCUGUUGGCAUCCUGCCCUGGGAGAUUGCCCGUGUGUGGCAAUAUGUCUUGAAUCCCUGGCCCCACGCAUCUCUAAAUGCCUUGAGCAGGGGGGAGGCUUUGGUGCCCCCUUACCCCUUUGAGAACCACCUAAGAGGACUACUCCUUCUAGAAACCUCCUCCCAUGGACACGGUUAGACUUUCUCCCUGCUGAAUUUGGAUUAAUGAGCAAACAACCCGAGGAAGGAGGGAGAUGGGGUCCGCACGCAUGUGCCCUGGGCCCCAAGGUGAACACAUGAGUCCUCCUCCUCUCCUUCCCUUCCCCUCACGGAGACACCUCUCUGAGCUGGGGAGUCUUGUUUGGGAUGCGGAUAGAAGGGAAGGCUGGGGAUCUGGAGCACCAAGGCACUUUUAGAGGAGCUCCCGCAGGGUGAGUGGGGGCUUUGGUUGAGUACACAGGGCUUUUGGCAGACAGGAAGUGGAAAGCGUGGCCAGCCAUCUUUGUGAUUCGGGAUAGUCUGCUGCUGGCCCUGCCCUUUCCCCAGAGCUCCAGACGGCUCUCAGGACAGUUGGUAGCAGCUCCCUACUGGCUGCACCAGGAGACCAGAGAGCAGAGCUGGCUAUGAGUCAGCCCUGUGGCCCAGCAGCGGGAUAAGGGGAUUCUCAAGCCAGCCUGGUCUGCCCAGCAGCAGGCUGGGUGUGUGGCUGCCUGGGAGCAGUGGACAUUGGGUUCCAAACACCUUCCACUGGGGUCUUCAGAUGAUCUCUGCCUCUAUCAGGUGACUUAUGAAUCUGGAAAGAGCCCUCUUGACUGACAAGAGAAUGCUCAGGUGACAUAUGCAUAGAAUAGUUACUAAAGCCACUUGUGCAUUCUGAUAGCAGUGACUUCAGAAAACUCCAGAAGUGGAGGUGUAGAAAAUGUUGGAAGAGCCAUUUCCACAGUGGGCUGCUGUGCAGUCAAGACCCAUGAUCCCAGUUCACCAACCACUGAAGAGUGUGGUGAGCAUCCUGUGGGCAGCAGGUGAGGAACUUGGAUUCCUCCUGCUGUGUGUCCAGCUCUACAGCUGUUGCAGCCCUGGAGCUAAGAGUAGUAAGGACUCCCUUAAAGGGAAAGGUAAGUUGGGCUUGGCCGUGAAAGCACAACAGCUUUUACAAAAGCACUGAACUUUCCAUUCCUUCUGCUUUUCUCUAAAGAUCUUAGUGUCUUUUCAUUUACUUUCUUUUAAAAUAAUGGCCCUGGAGCAACCUGGACAGUGUUCCCUUGAGCUGGUGUGACGUGCCCUCGUUUAUUCUGACAUCCAGCCCAGUCUCAGUACUGUUGUCAUAACCUUACGCCAGACUCAGGCAGAAUGUAAGCCAUUCACUCGUGAGCAUCGCAGCCGCUUGUGCUGCCUGGAAGCUGCAGGGCCAGGACUGCAUUUUCAGUUUGCAAAUGAGGUCUCCUGAUUUUGGUGUUUCCAAGACUGGCUGCUAUACCUUGAUAAGCUUUCCUUCUCCCUCCAUGAAACCCGGUGUCUAAAAAAGAUCAACUAAAACUUGGAACCCUUUAACCAAGAGGACCUUUAAAAAUAACCUUUCAUUCCAGUCAAGACCCAGCUUGAUGCAUUUUAAAGUUGGGAGUGGCGAGGAAGCCUUCCUAGUGCCGCCCGGGGAAUGUGAAACCACCAGAGCAACAGGUUGGGACAGUGUGGUCAGGCCUUGGAGGGAAAGAGAACCAGUAUCCACACAAGACCUCGAACUUGUGUGGCCACUCAGUUUCAUCUCUCCUGCCUGCCAUCACAUUAGACUUUAAUUGGGUGAGAGAACAGAGCAGAGACUGUCACCUGCAUUUUGCAGAUGGGAAGUAGAGACAGAGAAAGUGACACGCCCAGGGUCACCCAGCAGUGACCAGCAGCGUGGACUCUGCAUCCAGGUCUCCUGGACCUUGAUGCAGUAUCUUUUGAGACAUGCCACUCUAGUCCCUUUGGUGACCCGUGGGUGCCAAGAGAGAAAAAUUCUCUUAUAUCCUGAUAAGAGCAUAUUACAAUUAUAUUAUUUUAAUAUGUGUCCACAGCAAAGGACAGUUUACAAAGAUGUGAAUCUGAAUGACAUUUAGGAAUGUUCGUUAUAAACGAUAAGUUCCACUUUGGAAUGAUUCUGGUUUUGCAGGAAUCUUUCCAAGAAAGUUGGUUAAAAUGAUGUCUCUGCCAGUGAGGCCAGUUCUAUGGAAAACAAACACACCCUGAGUUCUUUAUUGAUGGCUUCAGUGGAGGCAGAGCAGUAUGUUCAAAACAAGUGGGAGGCCCUGAGAUGGCAGGAAUGGAAACAGAGUUCUGGCUGGGGGUGGCCUGUCCACUGCCCGCCCCUUCCUGGAGAUGCACUCCUUUCUGGCUCUCUGGGGAGGGAGCAGCCUUGCUCAGUGGUGGGAGUAGCUUGAACGGGACCUGAUCAACACCCAGGAAGACUGUGCACAGAGGGCAGUUGGUCUCCAGCCUGCAGGCUCCAUGAGCACAGCCUUCGUGGUGGUGGGCAGGCGCCUGCCUGCUGUGGACUCCAUUUGAUGCAAAACAUCAAGUAAAGGGUGGAGCGUAAUACAGUGAAUAUGCCUCCCAGAAACAUCAUGCUCUGCCUAUUUUAACAGGGCUCUUUUUCUUUAGAAAAGUCUCCUUCUCUAUAGAAACUAGGGACAAUUUUGGAUGAGAGCCAACCACAGGACGCGCAGGGGACGUAAUGGUGGGACCUCACAUGUGGCCAGGUGCACCUUUGGGAAGAAGGCAGACGUGAUGUGACUUAGCACAGGCACUCAAAAGAGGGAGCCAGCCACUGAUCUUUGCUAAUAUCCAGAAGUGGAUUGUUUGUUCCAUUCAUCCUUCUAGAAGCUAAAUUCUUUCAUUGCGUUGAGACAUCACUAGAUUUUGAAGCACUUGCAAACUAGAAGCUUGCAAGAUCAAUGUCCAUGUAUAUUUUUAAAUGAUAUGCAUGCUUUAAAAGGACCCUAAUUUCUGAGUACAUGGCUUCCCCAAAGAAACAGUAUAUAUUCUGGAGAUGAUGGGGGUUUCGGCAUGGAGAGGGACUCCUGUCUAGUCUAGAAGUGUGUGUUACUUACAUGCCUCUUCCAUGUACCGAUCUCAAGAAUAUGGGUUUUCUAGUUUGGCUUUAAACACUACCCAGGCAGGAAGGUGGCUUUGGUAAGAAUUUUGAGCUGGAUGAAAUGUUCUAGUGAACUUAGGACUGUGUGUGUGCGCACGCAUGGGUGUGUGUGUGUGUGUGUGUGUGUGUGUGUCUGUGUCUGUGAAGAAACAGCAAAAGGGGAAGUGGGAGAAACAGUAAGGAAGAGUUUUUAAUUAAAAAUAUGUAUACCUAAGAGGAGACUUUAUUUUCUAUUUCUGGUGGUGAUGUUCUAUGUUCUGGAAUCCAUUUACCAGAAGAGUUUGUGGAUCUUUUGUUUGAAGUGGAAUUGUACAGUGCCCUACUCUCUCUGACGGUGCACAGCCUUGCGGCAAAGUGGUCUCCUGGGCCCCAAAGACCCCCAGAGACCCCCAGGGCACCUGGCAGGAGCCCACAAACCACGGCAGAGUCCCAAGUGGUGCAUGUUUUGGCUAGUGAUGGGCAGGACUGAUGAUUCACAGCUGUGGGGCUGUGCUAUUGUUUUUACCCUCUUG